UACAGUAUGGUAUAUAUACCAAUGUAUUAAGCACAAUAGACGCGGCAGAAUGAUGGAAAAUGUGAAGUAGAGAAAUAUGUUAACUUUGUAAUUUCAUAAAAUGAUGGAAGAUAUUAAUGAUAAGUUUUUCUAUGUGUACAGUUCUUCGUUAGACACGAAAAUACAAAUUAAAAUAGGAACAUUAGAAGGAAAAAGACAACGACCAGAAUAUGAUAAAUUGCUUAUCGACCCUAUGUUGAAAUACUCUGGUCUAUAUGGAACCAAUGGAGGACGUGGGGAUUUAGCAGCUUCUUUACAGGUGUGGGCUGGUGGUAGACCACUUGCUUUACCCGUUCAUACAGCAUAUAAACAUUUCACAUCACGUUGGAAUUGGAAUCAAUGGGUAACUCUACCGAUUUCUUAUUCUGAUCUACCACGAGAUGCUCAAUUAUGUAUAAGUUUAUAUGACUGUGCUGGACCUGGUAGAAAAUUACCAGUUGGUGGUACAACAAUAUCUUUAUUUGGAAAACAUGGAGUGUUUCGUCAAGGAAUGCUAGACCUUAGAGUGUGGCCUGGGGUAGAAGCAGAUGGUAGUGUACUAACUAGUACACCAGGAAAAACUAGAGAUCAUGGGAAAGAACAAAUGCAACGAUUAGCAAAACUUGUCAAGAAGCACAGGAAUGGUCAAAUGAAUAAAGUUGACUGGCUGGACCGAUUAACAUUUAGAGAAAUUGAGUUAAUUAAUGAAAGAGAGAAAAGAGCAUCUGAAUACUUGUACUUAAUGAUUGAGUUUCCAGAAAUUACUAUGGAUGGAAUACCGUACUCUAUAGUGUAUUACGAAAAAGAUGGGGAUGAAGUUGUUCAACACAGAUCACAACCAGAUGUUGUAACUUUGCCCGAUUAUGAAAUUUUGCAAGAAAAUCUUGUGGAAGCAAAACAUCAUAAAUUGGCUCGAAGUUUACGAAGCGGUGGCCAUACUCGAGAAUUAAAACCAACUUCAAAUGUUCGUGAUGCUUUAAACAUAAUAUUAAGUUAUCCGCCAACAACGGCUCUUUCUACAGAAGAACAAGAUCUUAUUUGGAAAUAUAGAUUUUAUUUGUCAAAUCAAAAGAAGGCUUUAACAAAAUUCGUGAAAUGCGUAAAUUGGAAAGUUGCUGGAGAAGAACGACAAGCAUUAGAAAUGUUAGCAUUAUGGGCACCACCUGACCCUGAAGAUGCAUUAGAGUUACUUGGCCCAGCAUUUACACAUCCAGCUGUUAGAAGAUAUGCUAUUACUCGACUUAAUCAAGCACCUGAUGAUGACUUAAUGUUGUAUUUGUUGCAAUUAGUACAAGCUUUGAAGUAUGAAGAUUUUGAAAGCAUCAAAAGGGCACAUCAGACAUUAAUAAAAGAAAAGGAAUCUGAAAAAGUUGAAAAAUUAGAUAGAGAAGUACAAAUUAAUGAUUCUUCAUCUACAGCUGUAACAACAUCCAGUGAAUCUGAAAGUGGACAUUUCUCAGCAAGUCAAGAUUCUCUUAUGGAUUUAGCAUCUUUUCUGAUUACUCGUGCAUGCCAAAAUACUACACUGGCUAAUUACUUUUAUUGGUAUCUCUCUAUUGAAUGUGAAGAUCAAAGUGAUCCAUCAAUAAGUGCAAAACAAGAUACUCGUGUUAAAGAAAUGUAUAAUACUGUAAUGUCAAUGUUUUCAAUGAUGCUAGCACAAGGAAAUGCUGUUUGGCAAAAAAGAAGAGCAUUUCUUUUACGCCAAAAAAUGUUUAUUGAUCAAUUAGUAGCAUUGGUAAAAGCAGUUGCACGAGAAAGCGGAAAUCGUAAAAAGAAAACUGACCGGCUCAGGAUAUUAUUGGCAGAUCCGGAUCCAGCAUUUAAAAUCAAUUUUUCCAAUUUUGAACCAAUACCUUUUCCCUUGGAUCCAGAAAUUUGUAUCAAGGGAAUUAUACCUGAAAAAGCCAGUCUUUUUAAAUCAGCUCUUAUGCCUUCUAAAUUAACAUUUUUAACAACGGAAAACAGCGAAUACAUUGCGAUUUUUAAACAUGGCGAUGACCUCAGACAAGAUCAAUUAAUUUUACAAACAAUUGCACUUAUGGAUAAAUUAUUAAGAAGAGAAAAUUUGGAUUUAAAACUUACUCCUUAUAGGGUACUUGCAACAAGUACUAGACAUGGUUUUUUACAAUUUAUUGAAUCUACAACAGUUGCAGAAGUUCUAGCUAGUGAAGGUUCCAUAUUAAGCUUUUUCCGAAAACAUCAUCCAUCCGAAAAUGGCCCUUAUGGUGUUGUACCUGAAGUUAUGGAUACUUAUGUUCGAAGUUGUGCCGGUUACUGCAUUAUCACAUAUGUACUUGGUGUUGGUGACCGACAUUUAGAUAAUUUACUCUUAACAACGUCAGGUAAACUCUUUCAUAUAGAUUUCGGCUAUAUUUUGGGUCGAGAUCCAAAGCCUUUACCACCACCAAUGAAAUUGAGUAAAGAGAUGGUUGAAGCUAUGGGGGGCGUAGGUUCGGAACAUUAUCAUGAAUUUCGAAAACAAUGUUACACUGCAUUUCUACAUUUGCGCAGACAUGCAAAUUUAAUUCUAAAUUUGUUUUCGUUAAUGGUUGAUGCUAGUGUACCAGACAUAGCUUUAGAACCAGAUAAAGCUGUUAAAAAAGUUCAAGAUAAACUACGAUUGGAUUUGAGCGACGAAGAAGCAGUGCAUUAUGUACAUAAUCUUUUGGACUUAUCAGUAACAGCUGUAAUGGCAGUAUUAGUGGAACAAUUACACAAGUUUGCACAAUACUGGCGAAAAUAAAACUAAAUCAAUCGAGAUAAUGAUUGUAAAGACUGUGUUCCUUCAUAACUAUUGCAAAUAUUACUAUAUUGUAUAUAAAUGACCAUACGUCUAUAAAUGUAACAUAAUUUAUUGUAUUUUGGGAUUAUUUUAGGUAAUAAAUCUUUGAUAAUAAUAAUAAAUAUAUACUAGUACUUUUUA